UGGGAAAGCUCUGUGCGCAGCGGGGAGCCAGGGAACCGGACGGCAGGUCCCACAGCUCGGCCACAUCCUCCCGGACUGCCUGAGCUGCCGGUGCGCUGCUGACUGACUGACCGGAUUGGAACCUACCACCAGGGCACCGGGCUUGGCUUUAAAAGACACACACAUUCACAGAGAGACACACACAGUUUACACAUCUGCAGGGUGGACAACGAAGACGCGCGUUUGAUUCCUGCGCCGCUGUCAGGAUGAUGUGACAAACCGCUGGAGACACAUCUGUUCACCCGGAUCUAUUUCUUGUUUUUAAUUCCCACUCCCCGUGUUUCCCUGCUGGGGAUCGUCCGAGCUGCUGGUGAUAAGGCUGGCAGGCCUGGGCUGGGACAGAGAACAUGGCUGAACCACGGCGGGAGAGCACCAGCAGCCUGCAGAGGAAGAAACCUCCCUGGCUCAGACUGGACAUUCCCACAGCUCAGAUGUCAAUGGAGGAGCAUCCCACUUUUGUUCAGCCCGUGAAGAGGCAGGGGUUCCUGCGCAGUAUCAGCAUGCCCGUGGAGACCUCUCACCUCCAGUCCCCGCCCCGGGACUUCUUCGACACCCGGCGGCCUGUCCUGCAACGCCAGUCCUCCAUCACUCAGACCAUAAAGAGGGGAACAGCGGACUGGUUCGGAGUCAGCAAAGAUGGCGAUGCCACUCAGAAAUGGCAGAGGAAAAGUCUGCGCCACUGCAGCCUCCGCUACGGGAAGCUGAAGCCGCAGGUGAUCCGGGAGAUGGAUCUGCCGAGCCAGGACAACAUCUCCUUAACCAGCACGGAGACCCCGCCUCCGCUCUACGUCCACUCCUCGCAGCAUGGCAUGCAAAAGAUUGUGGACCCACUGGCUCGAGGGCGGGCCUUCCGUAUGGUGGAGGAGGUGGACGGCUACAGCGUACCUCAGACCCCCAUCACCCCCGGAGCCGCCUCCCUCUGUUCCUUCACCAGCUCCCGCUCAGGUCUCAACCGGCUGCCUCGCCGGCGUAAGAGGGAGUCGGUGGCGAAGAUGAGCUUCAGAGCUGCAGCAGCGUUGGUCAAGGGGCGCUCGAUCCGGGAGAGCACUCUGAGACGAGCCCAGAGACGGAGCUUCACCCCCGCCAGCUUCAUGGAGGAAGAGAUGCUGGACUUUCAAGAUGAACUGGACACGUCCUUCUUCGCCAGAGACGUUCUGAUGCAGGAGGAGUUGUCCACGUACGCAGACGAGGUGUUCGAGUCCCCGUCUGAGGCGGGGGGGAAUGAGGAGGAGCCCGGCGGCCUGAUGGACGAGACGGAGCUGACAGGCAGCGCUCUGGAUAAGACGGAGCUGGAGAGAAGUCACCUAAUGCUACCUCUGGAGCGCGGCUGGCGUAAAGCCAAAGAAGGAACCCCGGGACCACCCAAGGUGCCCUUGCGGCAGGAGGUGGUGAGUGUUCACGGACAGCGGCGUGGCCAGCGGAUCGUCAUACCUGUGAAGAAGCUCUUCGCCCGGGAGAAGAGGCCGUACGGGCUGGGCAUGGUGGGCAAGCUCACCAACCGCACCUACCGCCACCGGAUCGACAGCUACGUCAAGAGGCAGAUCGAGGACAUGGACGACCACCGGCCUUUUUUUACAUACUGGAUCACCUUUGUCCAUUUGCUCAUCACUAUCUUGGCCGUAUGCAUCUACGGUAUUGCACCAGUGGGCUUCUCCCAGCAUGAGACGGUUGAUUCUGUUUUAAGAAACAAAGGCGUGUAUGAGAAUGUCAAGUUUGUGCAGCAGGAGAACUUCUGGAUUGGGCCGGGUUCGGAAUUUCUGAUCCACUUGGGGGCCAAAUAUUCUCCGUGCAUGCGUCAGGACAAGCAGGUGCAUGAGCUCAUCAGGGAAAAGAGAGCGAUCGAAGGGAACUCCGCCUGCUGCGUGAGGAACGAUCGCUCCGGCUGCGUCCAAACCUCCGAGAAGGAAUGCUCGAGCACUCUAGCUGUGUGGGUGAAGUGGCCGAUGCAUUCCAGCACCCCCCAGUUAAACGGUGAAGACAGACAGCACGGCUCGGUGUGUCAUCAGGACCCCAGGAUAUGUCUAGAGCCCGCCUCGGUAUCCCCUCAUGAAUGGCCUGAUGAUAUCACCAAGUGGCCAAUUUGCACCAGGUACAACACAGGGAACCACACCAACCUGCCUCACAUUGACUGCACCAUCACGGGCCGACCCUGCUGCAUCGGAACCAAAGGGAGGUGUGAAAUCACAUCCCGGGAAUAUUGCACCUUCAUGAAUGGCUACUUUCAUGAGGAGGCGACUCUCUGCUCUCAGGUGCACUGCAUGGAUGAUGUUUGUGGCCUGUUGCCUUUCCUCAACCCUGAGAUCCCAGAUCAGUUUUACAGGCUGUGGCUCUCACUCUUCCUGCAUGCUGGGAUCCUUCACUGCCUGGUGUCGGUGGCGUUCCAGAUGACCAUCCUGAGGGACCUGGAGAAGCUGGCGGGCUGGCUGCGCAUCUCAAUCAUUUACAUCAUCAGUGGCAUCACCGGCAAUUUAGCUUCAGCCAUCUUCCUGCCCUACAGAGCCGAGGUGGGUCCAGCCGGCUCUCAGUUCGGGAUCCUGGCGUGCCUGUUUGUGGAGUUGUUUCAGAGCUGGCAGAUCCUGGCCCAGCCCUGGAGGGCCUUUACCAAACUCCUGUGCGUGGUGCUCUUCCUCUUUGCCUUCGGACUGUUGCCCUGGAUCGACAACUUCGCCCACAUCUCCGGCUUCAUCUCCGGCUUCUUCCUGUCCUUCGCCUUCCUCCCCUACAUCAGCUUCGGCCGCACGGACCUGUACCGCAAACGCUGCCAGAUCAUCGUCUUCCUGCUGGUGUUUGUCGGCCUCUUCUCCGGCCUCGUGGUGCUCUUCUACGUCUACCCAAUAAAGUGUGAAUGGUGCGAGUUGCUCACCUGCAUCCCCUUCACGGACAAAUUCUGCGCGAAGUACGACCUCAACGCUCACCUUCACUGAGGGGCGGAGCUCAACAGGGAGGCAGCAGGUCAAAAAACAAAUAAAAGAUGUCAGCCAGUAUGUGUCCCCACUGUGCUCCUGUGUGGCUGGGGACUGUCAACCCCCCCCCCUCUGUGAACUAUGAGAAUAUGCUUGUGUUUUUUUUACUCUGUCAGUAUGAAUACCUGUGCCACUCAUCAUAAGAACUUCUUUUAAUCACCUCCCAGUUCACUCCUUUACUGUCAAGUGAAACCAAGGUAUGGCACUUCUGACCCUCAGCUCCAGCCGCCCCCUUUACACGUCAGGCAGGAAUUACAGAAACCAGCGCUGGGACAAAGAGAAGGAUCUUUUUUGUUUUUUACAAUCACACUCCAGACGGUUUUAUUAUUAUUGUUAUUAAUAAUUAUUAUUAUUAUUCAAGCAACCUCAUACCGAAGCAGGGACGAAAAUCAAAUAUUGAUACCUUUGGUGCCUUGUCGAUAAAAUGUACCAACUACUGCCAUAUUUUUGUUACGUUAUGCUGAGCACUCGAAUGUUUAUUUGUUUAAUUGCUUCUCGAGAAGUGAUGAUUGUUUUGAACACGGUAGUGUUUUAGCUACCUGCCUACUCACAUGUAACUGAAAACAACAGUAAAAAAAACAACAACUACAAACUCAAA